GUAAAAUCAUGUUAGCACUCUAUUGACAAGACAUUGAAAUGACACAUUAAAAACACCACUAAAAAUACUGACUUAUAGAUUACAAUUUUUUUUUCAAAAUCGCCACCAACAAUAUAAGGCUUGCAAAAUCCGAAAUGUUCUGGCUUGGAUCUUUUUUUUCAUACUAUCUUUUUUAUUUUGGGUAUCGCUCAGAGUUUUGCUUUGAUAAGAAGUUAUUGACUGUGUUGAGAGGUUCUCAGAAUAGACUUUUUCAAAAUCAACAUUUUUAUCUCUUUGCGGCUUUAUCUUAUCACUAAUAAGGAAUAAACAGUCUUUACAAAAAAUCUAUUAUUGGCUUAAAAAUUGAUGAUAUUGGUAAAACUUUAACGAAGUUUUUGACAGUUGUGACCCUUGUGAUUAAUCUAAUAUCUUGACAUUAAGCAACAUCUGCAUUCUCUUGAUUACAUUUUGACCUUUGUGCUUGGAUUAAGUCAUACUGUGAUCCAUUUUUAUUGAUAACUCAUUCUUCAUUUUCAUAUUUACACAAGCUCAUUCUUUUAUCACAUGCUGUUGUGAGUCAGCUAUUCGAUAAUACCGUAUUCCAUAUUUUUUGUUUUGUUUUUUUUUUUGUUAACAAACUGGCUGGCCUUCGAUCUAUGACCUCCCCCCACUAUCUUCCGUAUUAUCAGUUAGACGCAAGAUAUGCACACUAUAUAAGAGGCAGUGGUCCGCUUUCAUUUAGCCAGAGUGUUUGGAUCACUCUCCCGUUAGGUAGGUCUGUCCCGUUUCUGCAUCGGUCUGAAUGCUUUUACGGAAUCCUCUGUCGUUGGUGGGAUGUAAGCUUAGAACAGGUUUUAUAGGAUGUUGAAUUUUAUUAUUAGAAAGCUGACCUCACAUUGAAAUUCUCUCCAAUAUAUUAAGUGCAUGGUUUUGAGUAUCCCGUUACUUAAAUAUACUAAGUGCUGAUCUGAGAGCAGAGCUUCUCGAGUUUAUAUUUCAAAUGAAUACAAUUGCAUUGCUUUUCAAUGAAUAUCAACAACAAUUAACACAAGAGCACUCUAGACUUCACUUCGAUUUCUCCAAACAUCACCAUGUUUACUUUAUUACAAUGAUUGCUGAUGGAUUGUAUUAACUAAGAGUGCGGAGAGUGCAAACAUCAUCCAGGAAGGAUCCACCGCAACAAGAAGAUAUGGAUGAAAAGUUGCAGAGGCUCUGUCUAGUCCAUUUGGUCAAACUUACCGACCGUCAAAUAAGAAAGUGGAAAAGAUCCAAAAGUCAAGUGCCAUGUUUGAAAGUACAGAUACCAAUGCAUAGAUUAAAAUGGAGAAUAAACAGAAGAAUUCAGAAAAAACUUGAAGAAUUGUUUGGAUAUGAUGAUGAAUUCCCAUUUUCAACACUUGUGCCAGAACCUGUUAACAACAAUACAAAAAUAAAUUCAAAUGACAACAACAAAAAUACUCUUGCUGAUGAACUUGUCUUUGAAACUGUUAACAACAAUACACAGAUAAAUUCAAAUGACAACAACAAAAAUACUCUUGCUGAUGAACUUGUCUUUGAAACUGUUAACAACAAUACACAAAUAAAUUCAAAUGAGAACAACAAAAAUACUCUUGCUGAUGAACUUGUCUUUGAAACUGUUAACAACAAUACACAAAUAAAUUCAAAUGAGAACAACAAAAAUACUCUUGCUGAUGAACUUGUCCUUGAAAAUCUACAUGAGACCCCCACACUGCAUCAUGAUGAGGCUCAAUGGAAACCCUCACAACAACCAAAACAACUUGAAACAAAUGAAACUAUUGAUUUUGAUCUCAAUGACACAGCUAUGGUUGAUAAACUUUUCCCGAGUUACCCACGAUUUCCUCGUAUCUCAAUCCCUGCAGAUACUGUAAUGCUCUUUGAUGAGGAAUUGAUCAGAAAAUCAACAAUUGGUAUUGCAGAAGACAGAGAACAAAGUAUUGUGAAGACAGCAGAAUGUUUGGACAGGACAAGUGAUCAUGGCUCUAUAAAAACUGAAGUAGAUGAUGAUGAUGAUGUAGUGUUUGUCGGGGAGAAGACAAUUCAGCCCACACCAACUGAAAAAUCUGUAAUCCGUGUCAGGUCACCAAAUUUCUUGGGGAUUGACUCCUGUGGUCGCAUGGACAAUGCUUUACAACAAAAUAAUGAUUGUUCCAGCGAAGAUGAUCCAGGUAAAAUUUCUAGAAAUAAGAGUACCAGUAAUCAAUGGUAUGAAGUGAAGAUUCGGCUGAAACUUCCAGAAACAACUGAGGAAACUCCAAAUGUUGAGAUUGAGCAUACAACUUCAACGUUAGCAUUCCCAGUGUCUGCAACUAAUAUAAAUAUUCUUGAUAACCCUCCAACUUACAACUACUCAGCUGCACAAUACUCCGGUGGUAGAACAAACAACAAACAGCCAAAUCAACAAUCACUCAACCAGCAUAAUCCGUUCAGUAUGGAUGAAGAUGCCAACAAAUGGUCACAAUUGCCACCAGGCCUAACAAGACAAGAAUUCAAUGUUUGGGCUACUCAACCAUUCAGUGAGGCAUCACCAGCUAUAUCAGUAAAUCAACAAAAACCUUCAACGGAUUUCAGCAAUAGUCAGCAGCUAUUGAGGCCCACAUACAGUGGGACACCACCAGCAACUCCAAUAAAUCAGCAAAGGCCGUCAGCAGAUUUCAGCAAUAGUCAGCAGUUAUCAAGGCCCACAUACAGUGGGGCACCACCAGCAAUAUCAUUAAAUCAGCAAAGGCCCCCAGCAGAUUUCAGCAAUAGUCAGCAGCUGUCAAGGCCCACUUACAGUGGGUCACCACCUGAAAUAUCAGUAAAUCAACAAAGGCCUUCAACAGAUUUCAGCAAUAGUCAGCAGCUAUCAAGGCCCACAUACAGUGGGGCACCACUAGAAAUACCAGUAGAUCAACAAAGGCCUUCAACAGAUUUUAGCAAUAGUCAGCCAUUAUUAAGGCCCACAUACAGCGGAACACUACCAGCAACUCCAAUAAAUCAGCAAAGGCCUUUAACAGAUUUCAGCAAUAGUCAGCAGCUAUCAAGGCCCACAUACAGUACGGCACCACCAGCAAUACCAGUGAAUCAACAAAGGCCUUCAACAGAUAUCAGCAAUAGGCAGCAGUUAUCAAGGCCUACAUACAGUGGGGCACCACCAGCAAUACCAUUAAAUCAGCAAAGGCCUCCAGCAGAUUUCAGCAAUAGUAAGCCAUUAUCAAGGCCUACAUACAGUGGGGCCCCACCAGCAAUACAAAUGAAUCAGCAAAGGCCUUUAACAGAUUUCAGCAAUAGUCAGCCAUUAUCAAGGCCCACAAACAGUGGAGCACCACCAGAAAUACCAGUAAAUCAACAAACGCCUUCAACAGAUUUUAGCAAUAGUCAGCCAUUAUUAAGGCCCACAUACAGUGGAACACUACCAGCAACUCCAAUAAAUCAACAAACGCCUUCAACAGAUUUUAGCAAUAGUCAGCCAUUAUUAAGGCCCACAUACAGUGGAACACUACCAGCAACUCCAAUAAAUCAGCAAAGGCCUCCAGCAGAUUUCAGCAAUAGUCAGCAGUUAUCAAGGCCUACAUACAGUGGUGCCCCACCAGCAAUACAAUUGAAUCAGCAAAGGCCUUUAACAGAUUUCAGCAAUAGUCAGCAGCUAUCAAGGCCCACAUACAGUACGGCACCACCAGCAAUACCAGUAAAUCAACAAAGGCCUUCAACAGAUAUCAGCAAUAGGCAGCAGUUAUCAAGGCCUACAUACAGUAGGGCACCACCAGCAAUACCAGUAAAUCAACAAAGGCCUUCAACAGUUAUCAGCAAUAGUCAGCAGCUAUCAAGGCCCACAUACAGUGGGGCACCACCAGCAAUACCAGUAAAUCAACAAAGGCCUUCAACAGAUAUCAGCAAUAGGCAGCAGUUAUCAAGGCCUACAUAUAGUGGGGCCCCACCAGCAAUACCAGUAAAUCAGCAAAUGCCUUUAACAGAUUUCAGCAAUAUUCAGCAGUUAUCAAGGCCCACAUACAGUGAAGCACCACCAGAAAUACCAGUAAAUCAGCAAAGGCCUUUAACAAUUUUCAGCAAUUGUCAGCAGUUAUCAAGACCCACAUACAUUGGGGCACCACCAGAAAUACCAGUAAAUCAGCAAAGGCAUUCAGCAGGUAUCAGCAAUUGUCAGCAGUUAUCAAGGCCCACAUACAGUGGGGCACAACCAGCAAUACCAGUAAAUUUGCAAAGGUCUUCAUCAGAUAUCAGCAAUUGUCAGCCGUUUUCAAAUCCCACACACAGUGGGGCACCACCACCAAUACUGCCAGCUGAGAAUGUUGAGAAUUUUCUGGGAGGAAUUCAGGUGCAAUCUAAACUACCAGACCUUUCUGAGGACCCAAACCUAUCAGAAUUACUCGAUUCAAUGCUUGAAAUCAAUCCAGUAUCAAAUAUGAUAUACAGCAACCAUGGUGAGCAUUUGCCUACAAGAGGCAUUAGGGGCGCCAGUAGGAGAGCAAGAGGCAGUAGAGGGGCCAGAUCUGCGAGAGGCACUAGAGGUGCCAGAGGCACUAGAGGUGUCAGGGGCACUAGGGGUGCCAGAGGCACUAGAGGUGCCUCAAUUGCAACAUUUGCCUGUACGUCAAGUGAUUCCUCUUGCUACCAACAUUCAGCUGAUUCAGCUGACCAGCAACCAUUCACUAUGAUAUCAAAAAUUAUUAGAUUAAAUGUUGAUGCUGUCGAAGUAAGUUACAAUAUUGAUCAUCAGUGUAUGAGAAUAAGACACGCAGAUUCCGCGAUUGUAUCAGCUUGUGUUCAACAAGAAAAUUGUGGAACUUAUUGUGUUAAUUCAUAUUUAAAAUGAAUAUAAAUAGGUUAUGGUUUGAAGUUGAAUUGACAGUGAGAAAAGCAGAUUUUACAUGUGUUGAAACAAUUGUAAAGUCAAACAGUGCGUCAUUUUACUUCUCAUCAUUUCUUUUGAAAGGUACAUAAUUAUUUUAAAAAGUGAAAGUACUCAUCAACUUCAACAUUAUAAAGACUCUAUAGUGUGUGUGUGUGUUUAUUCAUGUUUUAUAUAUAUAAAUCUUUGCACUUAUUGUUGUAUGUUACUAACAGCACUGACACUAUAUUUGAUUGUUACAUUCAGAAGAAGAAAAUCAUAAUGUUUUGAAACAAAUGUAUGUGUUUUUUGUCAAAUCAAAUUUGUGACUUGUAUGUCACUAACACACUCUAGUGUUUCACAUAUAGGUUAAUAGCACUCUUACAAUACACUCAAUCAUGUUUGUUUAUCAAAAAAAAGAGUAAUCGAAAAAGUUUUUGUGUGUGUGUUCAUUACCAUAAUGUGUUAAUAAAAAAAAAAAAAAAAAAAAAAAAACAUAACUGAAUCACA